AUGUUUCCCUGCGAAGACCGUCGACCUCCGGCUGGGACUUUCUGGACUCCGCCGCCGACGUCGAACACGAGAAGAAGGGAUUAUGCGGCGGCGAUGCCGAUGUCGGAGAGGAGGAGACGACCGUCUUCGGAGAAACGUGAUCCCUUUCACAUUGUGCACAAGGUUCCUUCUGGUGAUUCUCCUUACGUCAGAGCCAAACAUGCGCAGUUGGUGGAUAAAGAUCCGGAUCGUGCUAUAUCGUUGUUUUGGGCUGCGAUAAACGCUGGAGAUCGAGUCGAUAGUGCGUUGAAGGACAUGGCAGUUGUGAUGAAGCAGCUAAACCGAUCUGACGAAGGAAUCGAAGCCAUCAAAUCUUUUCGUUAUCUCUGUCCUUUCGAGGCGCAAGACUCCAUUGAUAACAUACUCCUGGAACUCUUCAAGAGGUCAGGGAGGAUCGAAGAGGAAGCUGAAUUACUUGAGCACAAGCUGAAAACACUCGAACAAGGAAUCGGAUUUGGUGGUGGAAUCUGGAGAGCAAAAAGGGUUCAAGGAAAAUAUGUCACGAUGACGAUUGAGCAAGAGAAAGCAAGGGUACUAGGGAACUUGGGAUGGGUCCAUUUACAGCUAAAUAACUAUGGAAUUGCAGAGCAGCAUUACAGGAGAGCUUUGUGUUUGGAACCGGACAAAAACAAAAUGUGCAACCUCGCCAUCUGCUUGAUGCGUGUGGGUAAAAUUUCAGAAGCUAAAUCUCUAAUUGGUGAUGUAAGAGAUUCUUCUGCGGAGAGGGAUUGUGGUGAUGAACCAUACUCGAAGUCUUAUGAACGAGCCCUUGAGAUGCUAGCGGAAAUAGAGUCGAAAGAUCUCUCGGAUAAGUUCUAUGCGGGAUGUUCGUUUGCAGACGGAACGAAGGAAAACAGAGCUCCUGGAAUCGUAAACAGGACGUACUCACAUGUUCCUUAUUCCCCAGCAUCUGUUAGACAAAACUCUGCAGGUCUGUUUACACAACCACGAGGAUGCAAAUGGGGUCAGGGGAGGGGAAUGUAUGAAGAAGAGACGAGAGGCGCAGCGAGAAAGCUGUUGUUUGAGAAACCUUCUGGUUCUGAUCGUUUUAGGAUUUUGAAGACAGGAGAAGAAGAUGAAGCAAUCAAGGGAAAGAAACUGGACCAGAACAUGAUUCAUCACCUCCAUGAGUUCAUCAACGAUACUGCAGAUUGUAUGAGGAGUGGAUCAAAGAAAAGCUGGGCUGAUAUCGCGGAAGAGGAAGAAGAAGAAGAAGAAGAAGAAAGGUUGCAGGCAGAACUUAAAACCAUAGAGGUUUAG